AUGGGAUGGUCGGUCGUUGGUCCGCCGGGCAAGCCGGGAAAACCCGGAAAAGCUGGAAACCCCGGAGAUAGAGGAGAUGUAGGAGCUGUUGGCCCGCAACAAGGAGCUAAUGGCAAACCAGGAGACACGACAGUCAUAACUAGACCGGGCCCGCCAGGACCAAAAGGCGACAAGGGAGAUAAGGGCGAUUAUGGUCCAAUGGGUCCCAUGGGCCCCGUGGGAAACAUAGGGCCAACCGGCAGUCCCGGCUUGGACGCACUGUGCCCGCUCGGUGAGGAUGGCUACCCGCUGCCUGGUUGUGACUGGCGGGCCGUUGUGAGUUCACUUCAUUAA